GUGUAAACCAACACACCUCACCAUCCAUCAUCGGACAUUCUCUCUCCAACAGCCAUGGCAGAUCGAGAGUCAUUAACUGCUCGCGUCCUUCCCUUCAUGACCCUUUCGGACGGCUCCGAGUCAUCUCAGACAGCUCCGCCGGCACCACUCCCUCAUUAUUUGAAUGCGGAAGGACGAGCAUUGGCGCGAUUUGCUGUAGAGGGCAAUGUCGUGAUCACAGGAGGGGCCGGGACUCUUGGACUUUCUGCAGCGCGAGCCCUUCUCGAACACGGUGCAUCAGGCUGCUGCCUCUUCGACCUAGAAUCCACGCUCCGCAGCUCUCAAUCCGCAAUUCUCUCUCUCGCUCAAGAUUUCCCCAAACAACGCGUCUUCGGCAUCGCCGUCGACGUGACGGACGCCGAAGGAGUGGAAGAAGCGGUGAAAUCUGUCGUGCAAACCCUCGGCUCUCUCGAUCAUGUGUUGUGUUUUGCGGGAAUUGUGGGCUGUCAUCACGCUGCAGAAAUGACGGCGGAACAGUGGCGGAAGACGUUGGAUGUGAAUACGACAGGCUCCUUCCUAACCGCCCAAAAAGCCCAUCAACAAAUGCGCUCCCAAUCCCCUCCAGGCGGAACCAUUACGCUCAUCGGCUCCAUCUCCGCGCACCGGGUCAAUUUUCCACAACCCCAAGCCGCCUACAACGUCUCCAAAGCCGGCAUCGUCGCUCUCGUCAAAUCUCUUGCGGCCGAGUGGGCAGUGGAUGGCGUGCGAGUGAAUUCCAUUUCUCCGGGAUACCAAGAUACGAUUUUGAAUGCGGGGGAAGGGAAGAUUCGAGAGGCGAGGGCAGUGUGGAAUGAGAGGAAUCCGAUGGGGAGGAUGGGAGCGGUGGGGGAGAUGGAUGGGAUGUGUGUGUUGUUGUGUAGUCGGGCGGGGUCGUAUAUGACGGGGAGUGAUUAUGUUAUCGAUGGUGGCGCUACAGUCUUUUAAGAAUCUGCAGGGCACCUUACCUACGAAUUAAUCCUGCCACUCCUCAUCCAGCUCCAAAUCCCUCUGCUCCAAAUUUCAGAGCAAGGCUCAAUUUCUCCGCCAUGAUUUCCGUGCUCGGAUAACGAGGCAACAUCAACGUUCCAAAACACGUCGAACUCGUCGGCAGCGCCUGCAAAGUCUCGGGAUACGCCCGCUUGAUGAUAAACGUCAGACUGCUCGCGCCACUAAUCGGGAUCCGUUCUGUCGCCGUCACAAACUUCAGCAAGAGCUUUUGCUUCUCUGGGGGCCAUGACGCGAUCACGCGCCAGAAGGCCAAAAUGUAUUUCUGUGUGGGCACAUAGCCAUCGUAGCGCACGGCAGCUUUCAGAUCGUGAAUGUUCAACAUGUCCAUGCCUUCGACGUAGGCUUGGAGGCGGGAGGGGCCCAGCAGCGACAAGGUCUGUGAAUCGAUGAGUGCGCUGCUGCGGAAGCCGUGGAUGAAGGCUUCGAGUUGAGGCAACACCGAGUCGAAGCAUAACCACUGCGAGUAGGCGUUGAUGUAGUCUUCCACGUGCUCUGGUGUCACCGCUUGAGGCUCUGCUGCCGAGGUGGACAUGGUCAAUUUCCAACCCGGCCAUGCAUGCUCCAUUUCCGUGAUGUCAGGCAUUGCACCGCACGCGCUGGACGAGAGCGAGGCGGUGUGGAUGCACAGCUCGCUUCUGCCGCCCGUGAGCAGCGCGUGGCGAUUUCCCACAUGGAGGCACGAGAGCCUCAGCCCGUUUGCCUCCAAGGGGAAUGCAUAUUCGAGAUCUUCCACAAAUUCGCCGAGGAGACUACGCAGUGAUCUGGCGAGAGUCGGCCAUGCAUCUUCGAUCAUUGCGAGCGGUUGGGGAAGUUCGACGUCACAAAGGACGUGAUAUAACACUCUGGGUAAGCGAACGGGCAAGGUGAUGCCGUUGUAGAUAGCCAGUGCGAGCAGCAGACCAAACAGUUCAAACAUGUAUAGGGGCUGAAGGCUGCCUGCGGUAAAGUAGCUCAACCCUGUCUGAGGAUCGGUGGUGAACAUUUGUGCUUCCUCGGAAAAGAUGUGCUUGCAGACGAUGUUGAAGAACUCCACCUGCACGCCACCCAGGUCGUGCCCAAUGUCGAGCUCGUCUGCACCCAUCCGCACUCGUAAAGGUCGGCGAAGCUCACUUUUUCUUCGUUGCCACAGCUGGUCAAAGGUAUCCUUCAGUAGAUUACUACGACUGACGUACAGCAGCAUGUAGUGUUCCUCUUGGUGCUGGAGUUGUGGCGGCAAUUGGUCUGUGUCGCUGUUACGAUCAAGGUUGUGGCGAUGGCGAUACUCGCCUGAUUUGAUGGCGCUGCCACUUGCCCGACUCAUGCGCCGCAAGUUGACGGCUCGAAAGCACGUCGUGAUGGUUUCGGAAGAGAAGAGGUACUGGAAGUUGAGGAUAUGCUUCUUUUUCGUGUCGUCGGAGGCAGAGUUCCACAUGUACCACGACGAAGCCAGGUCCAUGUCGGCGAGUCGGAGACGUAUGAGAGGCAUCUGGAAGGCAUCUCGAGAUGUGAUAGUCCCUAGAUGUUUCCACGACUGUAGAAGCUCCAGUAUCACGUGGGCGACGGAGCCUCGAUCCAGAACAGGAUUGCCAUCCCACACCGUCGCAAACAGUCUCUUUAGCCACACGAUUGUGGCGAGCGGUAUAUGAGACCGAUCGUUUUCACGACUGCUCACGUGCGAUAUCAGCAUGUCAAUCGCAC